AUGAAUAUGAGCAAUCAGACCUUGGUGUCAGAGUUCAUCUUUGUGGGCUUCUCCAAACAAGUGGAGCUUCAGGCUCUACUCUUUUUCAUGGUUCUCUCAAUGUACACCAUGUCUGUGACAGGGAAUAUUGUCAUCACAUCUAUAAUAAAAACCAAUAAACCCCUUCAUACACCCAUGUAUUUCUUUCUUACCAACCUGUCACUCCUAGAGAUCUGCUAUACCACAGUCAUUGUGCCUAAGAUGUUGGUGAGCCUGGUAUCAGAGAACAAAAGGAUUUCGCUGCAGGGCUGUGCCACACAGAUGUACUUCUUCACCCUUUUUGGUAUUACCGAGUGCUGCCUCCUGGCUGCUAUGGCCUACGACCGCUAUGUGGCCAUCUGUAACCCACUGCGUUACAACAUUGUCAUGAACAAGGGGGUUUGUACCUGGCUUGCUGCAGCCUCAUGGAUGGUGGGGGUCUUGGUGGGCUUGGGCCAGACCAAUUAUGUCUUUAGUUUAACAUACUGUGGGCCCAACAGGAUCAACCACUUUUUCUGUGACAUCCCACCUCUCCUGAAGCUAGCCUGUGGAGACACUUUCAUGAAUGUGAUAGCUGUUUACAUGGUGGCUCUUCUGUUUAUAACUGCUCCCUUCAUGCUCAUCCUGGUCUCUUACAUCUACAUCAUCACUUCAAUCCUACGGAUGCCAUCACCUGAGGGGCGGAGAAAGGCCUUUUCUACCUGUUCUUCUCACCUUAUUGUGGUCUCACUCUUCUAUGGCUCUGGCAUCUUCACCUAUUUGAAGCCCAAGUCCAGCUACUCAACAGAGACUGACAAGUUCCUUGCCCUCUUCUAUACAGUGGUGACCUCUAUGUUGAAUCCAAUUAUCUACAGUCUGAGGAAUAAGGAGGUAAAGGAGGCCUUGAGAAGAACAUUAGGCAGGAUAAUUUGUUCUCAAAAAACAAUAGAGGGCAGUUUGUAA